AUUGUCAACCAAGGAUGCGGAUGCGAUCGCGGUUGUUUAUUGAUAAAAUCAUAAUGAUUUUUAAUAAAUAGCGAAGAAAUAAAUGAAAGCACGUAAAAUGCACGACUUGAAAGCUUGUACAGUUUGUUUUAGUACAAAUGUUAACCUGUACAACAUGGAUGCUGGCACGUUACGGGAGGAAUUCAACUUGAUAUCUGGCCUGAAGACUGCUGACUGCUCUGGUUUGCCCAAAUAUUUGUGUGUAGAGUGUUCAGCGUAUGUGAAACGUUUUGUAAAGUUUCGUAAAAAAUGCCAGCGAGCCCAUUUUACGCUGCGUGAACUCCAGCUAAGGAAUAAAGAGAUCAGUAUACAUAAACUGGAGGCUAUAGAUAGGGAACAUUUAGACCUUAAACCUUCACUAUCCUACAUAAAUAUAAAUAGGACAAAUUACGAAGAAGCACACAGCCAAUGGACCCGAACCAGCAGACUAGGAAUAUACUAUGGUGAUAUAAUACCAAUCAUCCACCACAGUACAUACACAACCCAAGUUAUACAUAUACCGAAAAAACAUGAAACAAUACAGCAAGAAGUUAAAGUAGAGCAAGAGCCGCAACCAAGUAUAGAGCACCAAGAUUUAGAACAAUCAAUAUCAAUAGUUAAAGAUGAUGAUGAUUACUUUGAUAAUAAUGAUAAUAUUAGUGAUCAACAUUCCGAUGAUGAGCCUCCGCCCACUAAAAAACCUAAAGGAAAGGCUAAAAAAUUAGAACCAGAAAGCUCAAGCCUAGAUGAAGAGUAUGCCAGUAUGGUGGCUAUAUCGGACAAGGAGGCCCAGGCAGCGGUGGAUGUGUAUAGGCUGUUUAGUCAUGGGAAUUUCAGGUGUGAGGUGUGCAAUAAGGGAUAUCAUACUCAGCAGAGACUGAGUGCACAUUUGAGAAUGCAUGAUCAGCAUGUGAGUGGCAACUUCCUGUGUAAACUGUGCAACUACUAUUACAAGACAGAGUACCUUUUGAAGACUCACACGACUGAGAAGCACAUGUACAAGUAUGAGUGUAAGAAGUGUAAUGAAGUCAGCUUUGACCGAUUGUCAGCUAAGCAGCACUACAUCUGGGCUCAUCUGCAACGAGGCAGGAAGAAGGACGCCAACUGGUACGAGUCGCGGCCCAAAUGGCUGAGCUCCAAGGGCGGCAAGCGCGUUAAGGGCGUCGUCACUAUCCGACCUGUCAGGAAGAUCAAUAAGUUACCCCCCGACUUCCCGGUCUACUCUCCCGUGAAACACGAAGAGCAAUAUGAGCUGAUAUUGGAACGCAAAACCUCGAGGAACUACUUAGAGGCCGAGUACAAGUGCGAGUUGUGCUAUAGAGGCUUCCGCGCCGUCAACACUUAUAGCAAACACAUGAGGAAACACGACCCGGCCUAUGCGGGAGCAUACUCCUGCGAUAUGUGCAAAUUACACUUCAAGUCUCCACGUAAAGUGUACCGGCAUAUGAACAUUACGCACCUCUUUAAAUACUCCUGUCAGAUCUGCAAGUUCGUCUGCUUCAACAAGGGUCAAGCGCAUAUGCACUAUCGUUGGCAUAAAAAUGUCACAUACCAGUGUCCGCAUUGCGAAAAAGAAUUCAAGAAAGCGUCCACUCGCCUCACUCACAUCAGGAUAAAGCACCCAUCCACCAAUAUUUGCAACCUGUGCGGUCAUAGCUUCGUCAGUGAAAACGGCCUGUAUUGCCAUAAACAACUUGCUCACAGUACUGAGGAGCGGGACAUAAUGGACUCAAGCAUAGCAAACCCGCAAGACCCGUUAUUCUGUGCCGAUUGCAACAUACAGUUCCUCAACGAGGCGGCUUUCGCUACACAUCUAGGCAGCUCCAACAAACACGCCACCACCAAUCUGUCCAUAGUGAAGCCCAACCGGCGCUCGGGCGGCGCGGAAGGCUCCCGCAGGCGCGGCCGGCCGCGGUCCUCGGUACUGAAGUCCGAGGUGCUCAACAACGGGACCGUCACCUCCACCAGCUGCGAUCUGUGUGGUGAACAUAUGGCCAACGACGUGCAAGCUCGGAAGCAUUAUGCUGAGCAACACCCGGGAGCAGAGUUCCUCAAGCGGUACAUGUGCGAUGUCUGCGGACACACUACCAAGCAAUACGCGAACCUGAUGGUGCACAUGCGCACGCACACGAACGAGAAGCCGUACGAGUGCCCGCACUGCGACCGCCGCUUCAGCAUGCCCAGCAACCGAGACCGCCAUCUAGUGGUCCACACCGGCGAGAAACGCUACCAGUGCCAGCACUGCAACCGCCGCUUCACCCAGUCCACCGCCGUCAAGCUGCACAUACAGACCGUCCACCUCAAGAUCCCGUACAAACCGUGGGAGAAGAAGAACAGGAAACGACGCAAGGAGGAACCCAUUCUUGGCCCCGUGAGCUCCGUUAAUGUCAAUACCAUGGCUACCGCGAUGUUGCCCCAGCAUAAGUUGCUGUUAGAGACGCAGGGAGACUAUUUAAACGCUUUUAUUAGCUAUACUGACGAAUGAACAUCGUAAGUAAUUUACUAAACAUAUAUAGAAGCGGUGGUGGUAGAGUGGAUAUGACGUCCGACUUUCAAUCCGGAGGUCGCGGGUUCAAAUCCUGGCUCGUACCAAUGAGUUUUUCGGAACUUAUGUACGAAAUAUCAUUUGAUAUUUACCACUAGCUUUUCGGUGAAGGAAAACCUCGUGAAGAAACCUGCAUGCAUCUGCGAAGAAAUUCAAAGGUGUAUGUGAAGUCCCCAAUCCGCAUUGGGCUAGCAUGGGGACUAUAGCCCGAGCCCUCUCGCGCAUGAGAGGAGGCCUGUGCCCAGGAGUGGGACGUAUAUAGGCUGAAUUAUUAUUAUUAUAUAGAUUUUAAAAUACCAUACAAACCGUGGGAAGAAACGGCGAAGGAGCAUAAGCUGUCAAAGAACUAAUAACGUGAGCACAUUAUGUCCACACCUUGGAAAAUUUAACAACUGGAGACGCCUUGUCCGUAAUUUUUUGUACUAAACAGUCUGCGAUGUUUGCGGGGGAGGGGCACGCCAAAUGUAUGUAACGUACAAAACAGUCACCUCAGAUAAACGACUGACGUUUACAUAUAUCCAUAUCCAUGUCGAUAUGACCAUUGGGUUUUCUUCUGGGGUUUUCGACAGAGGGGUAAGCUCUUAAAGACGACUCUGGUUGUUAAAUCCUCCAAGGUCCACACCUAGCAAACUAAUUGUAGUCAAAAGAAUGUCAAACUGGAUGCUAAUUAGAGGCAGCUAUUUGUUAAAUUGAGAUAGUAAACGUUUCAGUACGCCCAACAGUGUGAAUGCAACAAUGAGUCAAUGAUACACUUUUUAUUUCUUUAGACAAAUCGGCUAUAUGAUAAUGCAACUUCCAUAUUAUCUGAAAGUUACCGUGAUUAAAAUGCUAAUGCAUAAUGGUUAUUCCUUGCAUCACGUUUAUGAAAUAUAAAAUAAUAGCAAAAAUUAUAUGAGACGGUUUCUUUUGUGUUUAGAUGAGCAUUACGAAACUUUUUGACAUGAUAUAUUCAGAGGCCGGUUUCCGAAACUCUUACUUUAACUCUUUUUUAGGCAUUGUACGAUUUAUCGACCACAUAUCCGCCAAUAGAAUUUCAACUUUAACAUACUGAUUUAAGGUUCAAAUUAGAUUGCACUUUCUGGAAAUGUGACUUGUUUUCAGAAUAAUCAUUAAAGCCGGAUUCAUUGGAAAAUUUUCGAUUUUUUUGGGAAAACCGAUUGGUGCGGCCUGAAAAAGGGUUAAAUACCAACAGUCAAGUCCCUGUUUGACAAAUUUUAUGAUUAAGGGACUGUCGCAUAUUUUUUGAGUCACGCUUUCUAGAAACCUCAGAACUAAGGAAUUAUUCGCUAGCAAGCCAUCCACGAACCGUUUUAACCUGACGCCAACGACGGAUGUAUCCGAACCGCAGAUCGAACGCCAAAGACGGAAUAAUGCGUCACAGACCACAGAGCAACAUAGACCUACGCACAUAUACACAAAGUUCAAUUUCAAUUUUGACACUUCGGUGACGUGGCGUCUGAGUGACAGCUUUUGUGUUUGACACGGCGUCGAAAAGGUUAUGCGAGCUUUUUGCGGUCCGAUGUACAGGAUCGCAAACGAAGUUUGUAUGACUAACGAAAAUGCGGACAAACAAUACAUUAUGUCUUAAACCUUUAUGGGAAACAAUAAAAACCCCGUACCAUAAGCAUUUUUUUGAGUAUUAUUUUUGGGCAUUUUGUAAAUAAGCUAUAUUUCCAUGGCAAUAUGAUGCUAACGUGAGACAAGUUGCCAGGCGCAAUAUUGCCAUGAGAAUGAAGCGUUGUAUGUUCAAUAAGAUAUAUGCCUUUUGUAAAUAUAUAUUAAUACGAGUGUUUGUGUCGUUGAGAGGAAAUUAUGGUAAGUGCUGUCAGCAGCUAUGAACUAAGUCUUGUAUUCAAUUGAUUAUCAUUGCCUUAGUAAUUUUAUUCUAAAUAUACUAUAAUUAUACAGAUAAA